CUCUCUCUCUCUCUCUCCACUGCCAACACUCACUCAUUCUAGAGAAGAGAUAGACUAGAAAGACAGAGGUAAAGAUGACAGGGCUUGUAAUGGUGACAAGGGGAGGUGGGUGUGGUGGGAAUGUGAAAGGAGGAGCCAAGGCAACAAAGAGCUCAGAGCUGGAAGAGCAGAACCAGCUCUCUCUGGUAGCCUUUCUCUUGGCUGCUAUAAGGAAAUCCAUGGUGGCCUGCCAUGUUGAGCGAGGUGAAGAACUGAUCUCCGCCGUCCAUCACUUGGACAUCGGGUGGCCCACAAAUGUCAAGCACAUCACUCAUGUCACCUUCGACCGCUUCAAUGGCUUUCUGGGUCUUCCAGUUGAGUUCGAGGUUGAGAUCCCUGGUCGAGUUCCCAGUGCUAGUGCAAGUGUGUUUGGCGUCUCAGUAGAGUCAAUGCAGUUGUCUUUUGAUUCAAAAGGGAACAGUGUCCCUACCAUUCUCCUGCUAAUGCAGGAGCGGUUAUACUCACAAGGAGGAUUGAAGGCAGAAGGAAUAUUCCGUAUAAACCCGGAGAACAGCCAAGAGGAGAUUGUGAGAAACCAAUUGAACAGGGGUAUGGUGCCAGAUGACAUUGAUGUCCAUUGUUUGUCAGGUCUAAUUAAGGCCUGGUUUCGAGAGCUUCCUUCGGGAGUGCUGGAUGGACUAUCACCUCAACAAGUACUUCAAUGCGAAACAGAAGAGGACUGCGUUGAGCUUGUGAAGCAGCUAAAGCCAACUGAGGCUGCAUUACUCAAUUGGGCUAUUGAUCUGAUGGCUGAUGUUGUUGAAGAGGAAGAAUUCAACAAAAUGAAUCCGAGAAAUAUCGCUAUGGUGUUCGCUCCAAACAUGACUCAGAUGUCUGAUCCUCUGACGGCCUUGAUGCAUGCUGUUCAAGUAAUGAAUUUGCUUAAGACCCUGAUUAUUAAAACACUAAGAGAACGUGAAGAGACUGAUACUGGUUCGUAUUCGCCCAUGUCAUCUCGUUCAUCUGAUCAUCAAACAGACGAAGACUUUGAUAGCCAGCACGAGAUGGAGAUGGAAAGUAGCUCUGAGUUGAGUGGACCAACAUCAGAUUAUGAUGAGAAUCCCCACAGCAGCCACAGAAGCAAAGACCGAGAUGAAGUCCGGUCACUAAGUGAGAUAGAAGAAUGCUUCUUGAGACAACUGGAUGAGAUUAAAGCUGCCACAAGUAGUUUGGAAAUAAUGGAUGAACCAACAGGUCAGUUAGAUGGGGAUUGUCCGAGUCCUCAAAGCUGCUCUGGCUUCAACGGGGAGUCUGGCACAUCAUUUUCUGAUAGCAAGAAUGGGAAUUCUAGUUUUAGUACAAGUGACGGGGAAGAAGACUCAGGAAAAUGUAUUGUAGCUGUGGAACAGGACAUGGAUACAGAGAUCCCUGUAUCAAUAGCCUGUGCUAACAUGGAUGAAAUGGAGAUGGUGGACAAAUUUGUGGAGCCCUGGAUUGCAUCUAACGGAUCUGUUUGACCAACAUUUCAUCUUCUGGGUGAUUUGAACAUUGCUUUCUCAGCGGAUUUUGGUUUUAUGUCAACGGUCUUGUUUACUUCUGUAAAUGGUAUGCUUGGGAAUGCAAUGCUUGCCUUGUAGUUGUUUGUGACUUGUGAGUAGUCAGGUUCAGCUUUGGGCUGAACUUAUGUUUGGUUUGUAAUAGAAUAGGAUCUCUAACCUUACCAUUCCACUAGAAUGUGCUUUAGUCAGAAGUUUAGUCUCACUACCAUGUUAGUGGUGAUCUGUGUGUAACUCUGUCAGUUUAUCUUAGGGAGCUUGAUUCAGCCAGUCUGAAAUUGUGUAACUCGGUCAGUAUUUUGUCCCCGACAUGAAAUUUGGAUAAGCUCGUGUUUGUUAAGGUCAA